AUUUAACUGAAUAAUUAUUUUGGCAAAUCCUUCUUCACUCAUAUUUCAGAAUAGUAUGGUCGAAUUCCACGUGCCAUUCUGAUCGCAUACGCAUAACAUUUUUGUCCCGAAGUAGCAAUAGGCUUCUUUCCCCACUUGGUUUUAAUAAAUAAGUAGGCUUUUGUAUGAAGUAUAGGCCUACAUGAUUUUCUCUAGAUGUCAUACCUGCUACAUAGUUCAUAUUUUUAAGCCUGAAUGACAGAAGGCAUGAUGGAGACAGUGUGACCAACAUCUACGUUUUUAGCAUGACAAGUGGCGCAUUACACAAAUUUGGCCGAUAUAGGCCUACUAUAAUAAACUACCUCCACCAUGCGCCCCUGCUGGCAUUGUAAUGGCAAUUCAUAACGUAGGUAGCAGUGCCACCGUGUGGUAGGUAGGCGAACACGUGAGACAAAUUCACUUGUCCAGGAUUACUAUACCAACAAGUGUAAUCCAAUCAGGCUAAUUAGUUCGGGCGCACUGACUGGGUUUCCAGGCCGGGUCGAUUUAUGUCACAGGCAGUGUUUUUGUUUUUAUAGUCUGCGUCUAUUCGGGGUUUUUAAAAACAAAUAUAUAAAUGGCACAUCCAACGCAUAACGAGGAAACUGGACUUGAUGCAGACGCUUCAUUUUUUGACACCAUGUACCACUUCCUAUUAAUAACGUCAGCGUGGCGUCGUGCUAGGUUGAGCGUCACAGAUCGAUUGUGGAGAAGUUGCGAUUUUUGACACGGGAGGCAGGGCCAAACUGGAGUAAAAAGAUACCUGGUGCUGCUUCUGGAGGGGAAGUGUGGCGAUUGACAGCGGUGGAGUUGUGCGUUUCCGGACAGUGGUGUUGCGCGAGGGCAUUUCGACGUGCCGCCGGGGGUUUCAGGAUGCCCACGCAGACACGCGACCUCUCUCCGCAAGAUCUGUCAAGAUUCGGCACUUUAGGAGGAGGACUCCACGACUGAGCGACUCGAGGACGCAAGCCCUGGGAGACGUCUAGUGCUGCGCUGUUAAACUUGCAGAACUUGCGAUUUGGCUGGACCUCAAGCUCGCCAGUGCAAGAAAAAAAGCAAUAUUUUUUUGUGCUUGACGUGGGCUUUGGAUUCCAGGACAAACGUAAUUAACGUUCCUUACUACACAUUGCAUUCUUCGUGCGCCUCCACACCAUUUGCGACUCAGCACGGCAAGCAGCAUGUCAGUUUGCCAGCAGUUUGUGAAAAAACUGUUUGGUUGACAACUGCACACCGCGCAGCAUCUGAACCACUGCCACUUGCGUUUUAAUGGACGCGGCGCGCUCGGUUUGGCGAGAUGCAUGCAUAUGUGUUCAUGUGCGUUUUGGAUGAAGAAGGGUCUUCUAUUCUGCAAUCUCUGAGAUGGUAAAUGACGAUUCGCCAACAUUACAAUGCAUCGAAUUCUGCAGCGGAGAAAAAUACGCAAACUUCGGUUUGUAUGGGCAGCCAUGGCCGUGUUCGCAUUGGUGCUCGCUUUGUGCAGUGCCCUGUUUACAAUCUGGACAUGGCGACAAACUAGGGACCUGUCCGUAUCUUUCUCAACUCUGCAAGAAAGCCUGGAACAAGUGAACACCCAGCGUAGAGAGAUCGUCCAGCUCAUUCUGGAGAAGAGGGAGAUUCUACAGGGUCGCAGGCUGAAGAGAGAUGCAGUGACAGGAAAGGGGAAAAAUGGAGUAAGAAAAGUGGCGUCCCAUUUCGAAAUAACUAAGACGUCCUUUCAGAAUGUGGUUGAGGACGGCUUCAUCAAGGGCUGGGAGGAGGAGGCCCUCAACAUGAGCAAGGCGGUGACCUAUAAGCCAGAGACGGGCACCUUCCGAGUGGAGCGCACCGGCGUCUACUUCCUGUACUGCCAGGUGCACUUCAACGAGAACCAGAGCCAGUACGUGAAGCUGGAGGUGGCGGUGACGGGCGGCCCGUCCCUGCAGUGCAUCGAGGGCUACGGCACCACGCCGUCCUCCGGCUCCCACAUGUUCCACUUCCUCAAGCCCUGCCAGGUGUCGGGCCUGCUGCGGCUCAGCAAGGGCGCAGAGCUGAGGGCCAAGACCGCCCCCAACCUCAUCCUCAAGAACAAUGGCAAACACUACUUUGGCCUCUUCAAGAUCAAUUGAACUCCCUGCCCUCGUCUCGGUGGUGGUGGAGGAGGUGGGUGUGGAAAGACGGGAGGAUAUGACUUUGGGUUCUUCGAGAUCAACCGAGUUACUUGUUGUUGGUGGUCAUGAUGCUGGUGGCGGAGGAGAAAGAGGGAGGAUUUGACUCAGUCGUCUCCAUGCAAGAAGAUGAACUGCAUGAAAACGAGAGAUGGAGAGCGGGACAGAGAGGAAAGACAGAUGGUGCUAGCCUUGUCCUGUGUCUUGAAGGUGUUGACCUUCAAUCUUCUUAUGCACUUAAUGUUUAGUUUUGCUCCUGCAGAAAUACGGAAGACGGUUUGUUUUUCGGAGUAGAAUUUUUUCCUGCUUGACUCAAGUGAACAAAAAUGAACGUGCAAAAGCAGACAACACAACCGUCUCCCAUUUAGACAUCUGCCUCUGUGGGCUUUCGCCAAAGUCUCUGUGCACUUUUUUUUAAAUGUCAAAUGUUUUCUGCAGAGGCCAGUUCCUUAGUCUAGGUCGUUCGGUGAAACUCUUUCUUAAACAGCGGCCUUCGUCUUCACCCCUAAGCCUCUAAACAUACAGCAUGCUGGACAGCUCGAAAGGAACGAGUGAUGGGGAUUUUGGGAUUUCUUUUUUUUUUCGUUUGUUUUCUUGUUGGAUACUUCUCUGGGUCUGCAGAUGACAGAUUUUGGACAAAUGGCGUGCUUCUUGUGCCGCGCUGGAGCUGCGACAGGAUUGCAAGAAGUCACAAGCCCCAUGUGUCUCGAGCUGCACGUCUCCAGGCAGCAGGGCAAAGGGAAGCAUGCUCGUGUCAGUUUCUCUUCCUAUGCAGUAAAAAAACUCAGUCAAGCCAUGUUGUCUUCUUCUUCUGAUCAACGUCUUCAAUAAGUUAUGGACUCGUGAUGACAUUCCACAAUGUCUGAACUUUUUACUCCCUUUUAUCCCCUUUCCCACAUUCGUGAUCUGUCAUCUGUGAUAUUGUAGUGUAUUUCAAGAGAAGUAUAUUCUGUUUGUAAUGUUCACGUUAAAAAAAGAAUUAGCACUGUCAAGAAUACGAGGAGUUUGUGUACAUACGUAAGAAGGUCCAUUUGAGAGGAUUUUUUUUGCAUAGAAUGCGAAGGAUUUACACAUCAUUGCAAGUUUUUUUUCAGUAUGCAAUUUUAUAUCGUUCUCAUAUAUUUUUUAAUCAAUAAAGUAAUGUUUUGUUUUCUCACUUUACCUAAACAAAACUCCAGCCAAUGAAAUGUCUUCGAGUUGUAACACCGUGCUGCCAAGUUUAUCUGUACAGUGCUUAAAGCAGCAUUUCUACCACAUAAAUAUUUGUGAUUUCUGUUAAUUAAAUCUGAAACACAAUCUCUGCCGUUGCAAACGUUGCGAAUUUCCUGUUUCGUGCUCAGUCGGCUUCCCCGUUCCCCUUUCGCCUGUGCGCAGA